AUGGUUGGGAAAAGUCACAGCACCUCUCUGGAGAACUCUAUUCCAACUCCCACACCAAGCGCUGAGCAGAACAUCAAGGAAAAAUAUGAGCAUAAGUGGCCGAUGCCCACCAAGGAGAUGAAACCUGAGGUGCCAAAUAGGGAACACAAAGAAUUCCAGAAGAGCCAAAUGUCCGAAUCAAGUAAUAUCCGCAGUUAUUCUUUGGAUGUCCCUAAGAGGAAGGAGAAAGAGGAGCAUUCGGAAAGAUCCGAGGAGCCCUUUGGACAUCGCCCAGCAGAAAUGCGGAUGGCUGAACUCCGUCCAUCAUUAAUCGAGACGCCUCUGUACCCUCCAAAACUUGUUCUUCUGGGAAAAGAUAAAAAAGAAUCUACAGAUGAGUCAGAGAUGGAUAAACACCAUCACAACAGCGUGUCUUCGGGGACAUAUUCUGAUUACUCGCCUUCCCAGGCAUCAUCCGGAUCCUCCAAUGCUCGCGUCAAAGUGCAGAUAUCUGCUAAGGAGGCAGUGAACAGUUCAUUGUGGGGUAACAGGCUAACUCAGUCCUUCCCGCAGCAGAUUGAAUCUAAGCCAUUACUGAGUCAGCGGGAAACAGCACCAAUUGGCAAUCUGCAGCAACGCAAUGACCGGCAGAACCUCAAUGACUCGUUCUUCACCGAGAAUUGGAACAACAGUUCACAUUAUGAUAACACUGGAUUUGUAGCUGAGGAAAACACAGUGGACAGUUCAGGAGCCAAUCCAAUGCUGAAUUCAAAAUCAAGGAGUACAUCCGCUCAUGGGAGACGGCCGUUAAUCAGGCAAGAUCGGAUUGUUGGCAUUCCUUUGGAGCUGGAGCAGCCGACGCAAAGAAACCCACAAGAACCUGAUGUAUCUCCUAGUAACCCUUGGCAAAACUGGACCAGAACUCCUAGUCCAUUUGAAGACAGAACAGCUUUUCCAUCUAAACUUGAAAGCACCCCUGUAAACAGUCCAUUGCCAGAGAGGAAAGAACAUAAGCCACAGUCCUUAGAGAACCCAAGCACAUUCUCUGCAACUCCACCGUGGGAAUUCCACGAUACAGGUUCCAAUCGGAACAUGGCAAAUGUAUUUUCGCAUGGCCAUUGUCGUCCGGAAUCUGCCAAAAACACCAUAUCGGUCAGCAAGAGUACAGAACGUCUCUCACCAUUAAUGAAGGACUUGAAGACAGGCAGGUUUAAAAAGUCUCAGAGUAUAGAUGAAAUAGAUAUUGGUGCAUUCAAAGUCUACAAUAUACCUUUGCAAAACUAUGAUCCAAGAAACAUAAUGCAAGGAAGCCAUGACAGACCAGAUUUGGGGAUGAUGCAGGAGCACAGUAUGUCUAGAAGUCAGUCUGUGCCAAUGCUUGAUGAUGAAUUAUUGGGUUAUGGAACCAGCAGAGGACAGCAACAAAAACCUGUUGCAAAAAAAGUGUAUCAGUUUGACCAAAGUUUUAACCCGCAGGGUGCAGUUGAAGUUAAACAGGAAAAGAGAGUACCUCCUCCUUUCUCAUAUAAUCCUGACUACUCAUCACAGCAAACAAAAACCAUGGUAAAAGAUUUGAUUAGUCCAAGAGCCUAUAGGGGAUACCCACCAAUGGAACAGAUGUUCUCCUUUUCUCAACCCUCAGUCAAUGAAAAUUCCAUUCCACCUCAGUUUACUCAAACUCAAAGUUCAAGGCCAGGGUUUUUGAAAAGAGCAGAUUCCUUGGCAAGUGCCAAUGAAAUGUCUAUGUAUAGGAGAGUGAGUGAGCCUCAUGAACUUCCGCAGACAGAUCGGUACGGUAGAGCACCCUUCCUUGGGGCUAUUGAACGGCAAAGCAGCAUGUCAGUUGCUGAAUCCCAGUUUCUGAAAAGGAAUGGUCGGUACGAUGAUGACCAUACUUCAUAUCCAGAGAUGAAACCUCAAGGAAGCAGUUAUCAAGUGAAAACUUUGACGCAAAGGAGGCCAUUGUCUGCUAGAAGUUACAGCACAGAGACUUAUGGAACUGCUCAAACGCGACCUGUAUCUGCAAGGCCAACAAUGGCAGCUCUUCUGGAAAAGAUACCAUCUGAUUACAAUUUGGUGAACUAUGGUGACAAGUCAACAGACAAUGAAAUCAAAGCACGGCAGAACCAGGGGAAGGUAGACGACAGCUGUAACAAAAUGCCACCAGACUGGAGACAACAGCUGCUUAGACACAUAGAAGCUAGAAGAUUGGACAGGGCAGUUAAGCAGAAUGGAUCUCUCUAUGUCAGUUCU